CGUUUAACAUGGUCAGGCACCCUGAGUAGAGGCUAUAGCCUACAUCAAUCUCACGAUGUCGACUCCUCCCUGAUUUUGUUAUACUUGGUCGUGUUCUAACCGCGCUAUGAAAUACAGAUCCGGCCGCGCCAAAUUUAUGGGACCAACCACAUAAUUAUUAAAGUAGGUCAAGUCUGGAUCAGAUCAGUAGUACGCCGCAUGGAUCAACCCUGGUGCCUUGCCAAGAAUCUUGUACAGGCUCACUGCCUUCGCUAAAGCUUGUCUGACCUGAAAAAAUCAAUGCUUGGUUUCCGAUAAAGAGCACGAACUUAACAGACGAACACGACGCUAGCUGUAAUCCUCACCAUCGCCAUGCUGCGUCUGUUGUGUAUCGUGCUGUCUCUUUUCUUAUCCCUUCAGCUCGCUGUUGCGGACUCUGCCUCAACAGUCUUACGAGUUUCACGCCACUCUAAGUCAUCGUCACUAGUACUGAACAAGUCUCUACUAUCAGCUCUCUUGGUUCGGCGAGGAAAGUUCAUUGCUCGACAAGGCAGUAGCGGGUGCCCUAGCGGUUAUCAGCAAUGUACUAACUACCCGGACGCAUGUGCCCCUACUGGCAGCUACUGUUGCAACGAUUUGUAUAACUGUCCAGACGACACCACCGUACGUGCCUUCGCAUGUUGUCCCAAUACCGCGCAAACGUGCAAUGGAAAUACCUGCUGCACCUCUGGUAGUGAAUGCUGCAACGACAACAGCUGCUGUGAAUCCGGCUACCUCUGCUGCAAUGACUCUGUCGGGGGAUGCUGCCCUACUGGAACUACGUGCAUUGCAAAUUCUGACCAAUGUUCCGCUGGAGGCUCAGGUGGUGGAAGUUCUGGAGGAACCACUUCUUCCAGCAGUGUUAUAGUUACAUUCAACGGCCCCACAACAACCGGGUCUUCGAGCAGUCAUUCACUCACUUCUUCGACGGUUUCAUCCGCAGGGUCUACUUCCACUGGCUUUACGAACACUGGUGCUGCUCCUCGUGGUAUCGCACUCGCACCUGGGAAACAACUUGUGGCCUUGGCUGCAGUUGUUGGUUUGCCGAUUCUUCACAAUGUUGCCCAGGCAUUGUGAGCAUGCAAUAGGACUUCUCUUAUUAUACCCGUCAUUGGUUGUUGAGGUUGUAAUUUAUGAUGUGUCAGAUGGUGUUCACUUUGUUGCAUAACGGGACUUAUAAUACGACAUUUUGCCUGCAGAUCAGUUACAGUUGGUUCACGGAUUGCGAGAGAUCAAGGUAAAUUAGGUAGUGGCUAAAUGACUAGCAGGCACAGGGGCGCAUUGCAAGUUGGAGGCAUAUGAGGACCAUACA